CGUGUACGACGCUGAAGCUCAGAAGAUCAAUAUCCUUGAAAAGUACUUGAUCGCUAUUCCUGAGCGGGUUGAUAUGCAACAGGCGGUCGCUGCUUUUCUUGAUUGGAACACUGCUUAUGGUCUUGUUCAUCGAGCGACCAAUUUGGUCGGUAAAGGCCAGCGCGUCUUCGUUCAUUCCAUUAGUGGAGCUGUAGGCUAUGCCAUUAUGACUCUGUGCCUUCUGGAGGGCGCUGAGGUUUACGGUACUGCCUCAGAGCGCAACCAUGAGUCGCUUCGCCAGCUGGGAGUAAUACCCUUCACCUACGCCAACAAGAACUGGGUCAGCGAAAUGAAGCAGCGCGGUGGUGCACACGUAGUCUAUGACCCCAUUGGCUUUGAGCACUACGAUGAUUCAUGGGACAUCCUCAUCACCGACGAGCCCUCCCGUCUUGUCGGUUUCGGUGGUAACAUGAACAUUCUCCAGGGCGAUGACGCCAAACCGCGAUCACAGUAUGUCGGAAUGGCCAAACUUCUGGCCAAGAACGGCUGCUUGUUUACCAAGAGAAGCACAUCAUUCUACUACAUUGACCGCGAUCGCGCGACAUUCAUGGAAGAUCUUCAAGCCGUCAUGAAUCUUCUCAUUGACGAAAAGGUUCAGGUACCGAUCAAGAAGGUGUGGGAUCUGGAGAACGUGCGGGAGCCCCAUGAGGCUUGGGGUAAGGUCCCUGGAAUGGGAUCUUGCUUGAUCCGUGUCGACCCCAAUGCUCCUUGAGUAGGCAAGAUUGGUGGAGGAUUGUAGGCGACUGUUCGUCAUUUGGUUCAAAGCAUAUUCUUGAUAGAUUACCA